GCAAACCUUUACACAUUGUGUGAUUUUGUUAUUCUAUUGCAACAACCCUUUUGUGUUGUUCAUUGACUCAUCUUAAUGAUCGAGAAAGAAAAUUGACUUCUUUCUACAUGGUUAAAGAUGUUAAUCAAGGUGUAUUAUUAUUACAACAGUUUUCAAAUAUACUUUUUAUUUUCAGUUGAUCGAUUAAACUGGACACUGCAUAAGACCCAGGAUUCUCACGAAGAUUUCAAAUCAUUUAAGAAAAGUGCAGCGAGGCGUUAUGAAUGUGAUCUUUGCCUAAAAUCAUUCAAAACAUCCCAACAUCUUGGAGAUCAUAGAAGGAUCCAUACUGGCGAGAGACCAUUUAGAUGUGGAAUCUGCCACAGGACAUUUAGACAAAGACAGCACUUGAAUAAACACAAAGAAGUCAUUCAUAAGACCAGGAAACUCUGAUGACUGCCCAUUGAAAAUUGAAAAACUUAUAAAUGACUUAGUAAGAAAUUGUCUGAACAAUGUAUAAAAGGGGC